AUGGACAGUUCCUAUAAAAUUAACAAGGCAAAACUUUUGAGAGACGUAAGAAUUCUCAGAACUGCAUUGGAUGGUAAAAUUCCCGAUGUUACGGCUAAUGACGCUGAACAACUAAGAAUUCUGCUCAAAAAAUGCAAAAGAGAUAUGAAAGGUGAAGUAAAUGCCCCGAAAAGCAACAAUAUUAAAGUUGUGUGACUUUAAUAAUGUAAUAUACAUUGCGAUUUUGUUCAUCUAGAGUACUUCUAGACUAUAUUUAGAACUAGUGCAGUUGUGUUAUUUUCAGUACUGUUCAAGAGGCCUAUAUAUUAUAGUACUUAAUAUUACUGUACAAGAGGCCUAAUUAUAGUACUUUAUUAAGUUUAUAGCAUUCUUAUAGUGGCAUAUAAAGCAAGGGCCAACGCUGUAUUUCUGUAUACAGCAAAUAUACUGUAUUUCAUUCAAGUAUGUUACAGGUAAGACAAAUUAAAAUUACGCUAACUAGCUUGUUUUGAUAUAAAGACAAAAGUCAACAAUAUCAGAUCAAAAGAGUCGAGUGUACAUCAGUAUCUCAAAAGCCAUUCGAGGUUGGUUCAAGGCCAAGGGAGUUUAUUUCGUGCAUGCAACUUGAAAUGAUCCGCAUAAUUGCAUUGCGUGCCGAACCCGGCCGCUUGCGCUAUAAAUACAUAUGAUGUCUGUUAAAUUGUGAUUGUAUAUUAUUAAACUUUGUUGUGACCAAAUUUUUGCGAUAUAUAUAUUGCUGGGAAACACAUUAUACACACAUCUGAAGGUGGAACUAUAUUAAACACUUUUAAUUUCGGACUGACAUAAAACCUGCAUAUUAAGAAAAAUGUUUUACGAAACCCACACUUCGUUUCAGUUAUGUUACAAAAUAUAUCCACAGUACUUAAAGAACGCUCUCGAUGCCCCCGCUGGAAUAUUGCUCAGUCCAGACAGUGUGGCAAUCUCCGUGUACUGUUCGGUAAAACGAGAGUACUUUCGUAGCCAACAUUUCAAGCUGUGGAACCACAAUUCACAAACAUUGAGUUGUGGAUGGUACGGAGGUUGAAAUAUUAAUCUUGCUCCACACUCAAUAUCUACGGUUUUUAAUAAGGGAUUUCUCGUUAAAGAGAAGGCUAGUCUUAAAGAUGAAAAUGCUUUACUUAAACAGCAGAUUAACAACUACAAAUGUAUUACAUCGGACUUGAGAACAAAGGUCAAAGAUUUAGAAAAUGAAAAAGACAGCUUGGUCACCGUUAUUAAAAUUCUACAUGAUGAUCAAAAUCAACAUACUUGUCAUGCUAAUAAAUCUAUAGCGUCUUGGAAUGUUGUAAACAAUCAUAAAAGGUCUCAGAUUGGCCGUGGUUCCUCAAAGAAUUAUUCUACAAUUGGUCCCAGUGGUGACAUCAGGGACAAAGAUGGUGAAACUCGGAUAAAAAAUCAAUAUAUUGUCUUGAGUGAUGAUAUCGACAACAGUGAAGCUAGUGAGGAUGACAGCGUCAUCUUAAAGUCUACACAGGUUCCCCAGAAUAAAGAAAUCCAGGACACUAGCAAAGAAAGACCUAAAGAUCCAAAACAUGGCUGUGUUGCUGAAAUUCCUAACACGACAAAAACAAAAGAGAAAUUAAGCCUUCAACAAAAGGGCUUUGGUAAGAAUCAAAUGAGCGAAUCUGAUGACAAAGCUGCUCAAUCGAAAGCCAACAAGCAGAGGUCACAGCAGAUUAACCAGGAACAAAAGAAGUAUAAGAAUAAGAAACAAAAGGUGAAGAAUAACGAACAAAAGGCAAAGGAAAACGAGCAAACGAGAGAAGCGCAUAAGGCAAGUGAGGAAAGAACAGCAGAAAGACAACGCACUAAAGAAACGGUCGUUAUAGCUGGAGAUUCGAUUAUAAAAUAUGUAAAAGGUUGGGAAGUAUCCAACACUGACAGAAACGUAAUAGUUAAGUCUUUCUCAGGUGCAACAGUUAAUGAUAUGUCUGAUUUCUUAAAGCCCACUGCACGAAAGCAACCCGAUAAGCUCAUUAUCCAUGCAGGCACAAACGACAUACGCUAUUCAAGUCCUAAAUAAAUUGCAAAGAAAAUUAUCGAGUUAGCAGAGAAUUUUAAAAAGGAUUGCAAUGAUACUGAAGUCAUCAUCUCUUCUUUAGUCACUAGAUGCGAUAGAGAGGAACUUACAACGAAGGUAAAUGAAACUAACAAUAUAUUAAAGUCAAGCUGCUUGAAGAAAAAGCUUGCAUUUUUAGACAAUAGUAAUAUUAGUCGUUCUCAUUUAAAUAGUAGAGGACUGCAUUUAAACCGAGAAGGUAGCUCUUUGCUUCAGGCAAACUUUUCACAUUUCUUAAGUUCGCAUAAUUGAAAUGAGGACGGGUCGAGGAGGAGUGCUAAUGAUGCCUGUUUAAAUAUUCCGAAAACAAGGGGUUUUAAGAUGGCUAUGCUUAAUGUAGUUAGCCUUCCGAAACACCUUGAUGAAAUCCGAUUAUUACUUCACGAUAAAUAUUUAGAUGUUUUAGCAGUUAAUGAAACCCGUUUGGACUCCACUAUUUCCGAUGGGAUUGUUAGCAUUGAAGGUUAUGACUUGCUACGUGCUGAUCGGAAUAGAAAUGGAGGAGGGGUAUGUAUUUAUAUAAGACGCCAUAUAAAUUAUGAAAAUCGCCCUGAUCUAGUUCCAACAGGCCUUGAAGCUGUCUGUGUGGAAAUUAAGCAGGCUAAUAGUCAAUCUUUUAUAGUUUCAAGUAUUUAUAGACCACCAUGUUCCGCUAGUGAAGUGUUUAUAAAAAUUGAGAGGCUAAUCAAAUCAAUUGAUGAUGAAAAUAUAGAAUUUUAUAUUUUGGGAGAUUUAAAUUGUAAUAUGCUAGAACCAACUUUGUCCACCACUAGAAAGCUUCAAGACGUUUUGGAAUUAUAUCAGCUUACACAAUUAAUUAAUAACCCUACGCGUAUUACCCAGUCUAGCCAAUCAUUAUUGGAUGUAGUAAUUGCGUCAAUGCCUGAAAAAAUAAUUUUUUUCAGGUGUAGUCCAUCUCGGAAUUAGUGAUCACAGCCUCAUUUAUAGUAUUCGGAAAAUAAGUACAAGAAUAAAAACUGAUUUACAAGGUUCUGUCGAGUAUAGAAAUUUUAAGAAUUUCAAUGUUUCAGGCUUUCUAUAUGACUUACAAAAUAUACCCUGGGAAGAAAUAAGAUUUAAAAGAAAUGUAGAUGAAAUGUGGCGGUUAUGGAAAACAUUUUUUGUAGAUGUGCUGGAUAAACAUGCCCCUGUGAGAGUAAAAAGAUUAAGAAAAGGGGGCAAUAUUCCUUGGGUAAGCCGGGAAGUAAAGGAAAAAUUAUUUAAAAGAGAUGCUCUUAAGCGUAAAGCAAUAAAGACAAAUAAAGAAGAAGACUGGAGACUAUAUAAGUCAUCUAGAAAUGUUGCCAACACUGCUUUGCGCAGUGCUAAAAGAGAUUAUUAUGCAAACAAAUUCACAAAUAAUAAACAGAAUCCUAAAUAUGCUUGGAGAACAAUAAACGAUAUAUUAGGUCGAAACAGAAAACAGACUACGAUUAAUGAAAUUAAACUUCCAGGUAAAACUGUUACAUCGACCGACGAAUUAGUCGACAUUUUUAAUGAUCAUUUUAGUAAUAUUGGCCCAAAGCUUGCUGAGUCUAUUCCAAAUGACAAUGACGUUAGUUUUCGAGAUUUUAUUACUCAACAAAAAUCUAAGACAAAGAACAGUUUCUCAUUUCGACCAGUGAGUGUAACAUUGGUUUACACUCUUCUAGUUAAUUUGUCUACCACCAAAGCGACUGGAAUGGAUAAAAUUUCAGCUAAAAUUCUACAAGUAGCAGCUCCAGUUAUUGCACCUUCUCUUACUGAGAUUUUUAAUAUGUCAAUUGACUCGGAUCAAUUUCCUUCUGAUUGGAAAGCUGCAAGGGUUAUUCCAUUGUUUAAGAAAGGUCAGCGGUCCAUGUUGGACAACUAUAGACCGAUAUCAAUCCUUCCUGUAGUAAGUAAACUUAUGGAAAGAAUUAUGUAUGAUCAAAUGUAUGAGUAUCUUAACCAGAAUAAUCUUUUCUCAAAACACCAAUUUGGUUUCAGACCUUAUCAUUCCACAACUACUACAUUAUUGGAUUGUACGAACGAAUGGUAUACCAACAUGGACCGUGGGCUGUAUAACUUAGUUGUUUUUCUUGACCUAAAAAAGCAUUCGAUACAGUCGACCACGAAAUACUGUUAA